CCAUGCCACUCCCACCGAGCUUCAUUGGGCAAUGCGGUAUAAAAUAUAAAUAACCACAACUUCUGUUAGUUUUUCUUCGCUGCUGUGUAGGAGAAGCUUUCUGACUUCGCCCAGUACUAACGUGACUUGCGGGGUGUAAAAAAAAAAAAAUGGCUCUUUCGAGAUUUCAUAGGGUGACAAUGAAUGAUGGGAACACCAUCCCGGUUCUAGGACUUGGUACUUAUGCACCCCGAACUGUUCCCAAAAGUGAAAGUGAGAUGGCCACAAAGGUAGCUAUUGAAGUGGGAUUCCGCCAUAUUGAUGGAGCUUUUCUCUAUGAUAAUGAAAAAGAAGUUGGACAGGGCAUCCGAGCGAAGAUUGCAGAUGGAACAGUGAAAAGAGAGGACAUAUUCUACACAGGGAAGCUUUGGAGCACAUACCACCGCCCUGAGUUGGUCAGAACUGGCCUGGAAAAGACCCUGAAGGAACUCCAGCUUGAUUAUAUCGAUCUCUACAUUAUCCAUUGGCCUGUCUCUUUGAAACCUUCCAAAGAUCAUCUCCCAAUGGACGAAAAUAAGAAAAUUCUCCUGGAAUCCGUGGAUUUGCUUGAAACUUGGGAGGCCAUGGAGAAAUUAAAGGAUGCAGGCCUUGUGAAAUCCAUUGGAGUAUCCAACUUCAACCGUAGGCAAUUGGAAAUGAUCUUGAAUAAACCUGGGCUUAAAUAUAAACCAGUCUGCAACCAGGUGGAAUGCCAUCCUUACCUGAACCAGAGCAAAUUGUUGGAGUUCUGCAAGGCAAACAAUAUCGUAUUGGUAGCAUAUAGUGCCUUGGGAUCUCAUAGAGAGCCUAGUUGGAUAGAUGAAAAGGCCCCUGUUCUUCUAGAUGACCCAGUCUUGAGAGCUGUUGCCAAGAAGCACAAUCGGACCCCUGCUCAGGUUGUUCUGAGAUACCAGAUACAGCGAGGGGUGGUGGUCUUGGCAAAGAGCUUCAAUGAGAAGCGGAUCAGAGAGAACUUUCAGGUGUUUGAUUUCCAGUUGACUCCAGAAGACAUGGAAACCAUUAAUGGCCUUAACAAAAACCUUCGCUACUUGAGCCUUGAUAUGUUCAAGGAAUCUGCCAACUAUCCAUUUAAUGAUGAAUAUUAGGGAAGUUUUAACUCAGAAGAUGUGUGACCCUGAAUCAUUAGUUGUCUCAAAGGAAUAGCUUCCAUUCUGCUGAUUUUCAUGGAAAUGAAAUUCCUUGAUUUGAUUAGGCCAUGCUUCUACACCAAGGUCUAACCUAAAGGUAGUUGUUCUAUUAGAAGCUCUGCCUUUCUCAUGUGCAAUAAAAUAAGCACAAUGGUACAGA